CAAAGGUGGAAAGUGGGAAGAGAAGAGAGAAACUAGGACAUUUUAAAGGCAGCGGAAAAGUGGAACGAUUAAUCCAGCCCUUCCCUGCCAAAUUGGGACAGUUGGCAGGAAUGUGAGUCCUAAGCAUGAUUGCUCAGAAACAAGUCCGGUAGUACUUAUGUCCAAGAAUGCACAGGAGCAUAACAACAUCAUGGCAAGCCUAGUUGCAACCGAGAUCCUUCUCAAAAGUGGACCGAGGAGCUUUGCAAUAAAGUUGGCAGGAGACGAACUCCCUCCAGGUGAACCAUUCCAACGGAAAGGAAUGUUCUUUUAUUAAUGGUCCGCUGGUGUUCGCUGGGAGCUUUCGCCAGAGCCGGUCCCCUCCCUGCCAUGUUCGGUGUUCCAGGAAGGAAAGCGUGCAUGCAGGGUUUUCGCAUAGCUUUCAACAGCUCCAGUGUCAUCACCUUGGAGACCGAGACGCUACUUGGUCAUUUUAAGUAGUACAAAACCUCAAAUCCUUAGGCCUCUGUCAGAGGGGAACCCAAUUCACCCAGGGCUCUGCAAACAGGGCCAUUUAUCCUUCCUCUGACUGCCCUUCUGUGAAAAUGUCCCAGCCUUCUUCGGCAGAUGAAGGGACCACCUUUGAGCAUCUCUGGAGCACCCUGGAGCCGGACAGCACUUAUUUUGACCUCCCCCAGUCGGGGUCCACGGCGGGCAGUGAAACAUCGAACCGGACCGAAGUCACCAUGGACGUCUUCCAGAUGAGGAGCAUGAACGACUCAGUAAUGUCCCAGUUUAAUUUGCUGAACAACAGCAUGGAUCAGAGCACUGACAGCCGGGCCGCCUCCUCAAGCCCUUAUAGCUCGGAGCACGCCUCCAAUGUCCCAACGCUCUCGCCUUAUUCGCAACCCAGCUCCACCUUCGACACCAUGUCCCCGGCACCUGUCAUCCCGUCCAACACCGACUACCCGGGGCCGCACCACUUCGAAGUCACCUUCCAGCAAUCCAGUACGGCGAAAUCGGCCACCUGGACGUAUUCCCCACUUCUGAAGAAGCUGUACUGUCAAAUCGCAAAGACGUGCCCAAUCCAGAUCAAAGUGUCGACCCCUCCGCCGCCGGGGACCGUCAUCCGAGCGAUGCCCGUCUACAAGAAGGCAGAGCAUGUGACCGAAGUGGUGAAGCGGUGCCCAAACCAUGAACUCGGACGCGACUUCAAUGAUGGCCUCUCAGCUCCUGCUAGCCAUCUCAUCCGCGUGGAAGGCAAUAACCUUUCCCAGUAUGUGGACGACCCAGUGACUGGGAGGCAGAGCGUCAUGGUCCCUUAUGAGCCUCCACAGGUAGGGACCGAAUUCACCACCAUCCUCUACAACUUCAUGUGCAACAGCAGCUGCGUAGGGGGCAUGAACCGGCGUCCCAUCCUCAUCAUUAUCACACUGGAGACCCGAGAUGGGCAGGUUUUGGGACGGAGGUCGUUCGAAGGACGGAUCUGCGCUUGCCCCGGCAGGGACCGGAAAGCGGAUGAAGACCAUUAUCGCGAGCAGCAGGCCCUGAACGAAAGUGCUGCCAAAAAUGGCAACCCCAACAAGCGGACAUUCAAACAAAGUCCACAAGGCAUCCCAGCACUGGGAGCUGGGAUGAAGAAACGGAGGCAUGGAGAAGAGGAGACCUAUUACGUACCUGUUCGUGGCCGAGAGAAUUUCGAGAUCCUGAUGAAGAUCAAGGAGAGCCUGGAGCUGGUUGAACUGGUCCCCCAGCAAUUGGUCGACUCUUAUCGGCAACAACAGCAGCAACUUUUACAACGCCAGACUCACCUUCAGCCUCCUGCUUCGUACGGUCCGGUUCUGUCCCCGAUGAAUAAGAUCCACACCGGAGGGAUCAACAAACUCCCGUCGGUGAACCAACUUGUGGGUCAGCCUCCCCAGCAUGGCCCUGGGACCGGACCAAACCUUGGGCCUAUGGGGCCAGGAAUACUGAACAGCCACAACAUGCAGUCCAAUGGAGAAAUGAACGGCGGUCACUCGUCGCAGUCGAUGGUCUCUGGGUCACAUUGCAGUCCUCCUCCACCUUACAACCCGGACCCAAGUCUUGUCAGUUUUUUAACAGGACUGGGAUGUUCCAACUGCAUUGACUAUUUUACGUCACAAGGGUUGCAGACUCUUUAUCACCUGCAGAACUUAACACUAGAGGAUCUUGGCGCACUAAAGAUCCCAGAGCAAUACCGGAUGAUAAUCUGGAGGGGACUCCAAGAACUGAAGCAGGGCCAUGACUAUGGAGCCCAGCCGCUCCUCCGCUCCAGCGGCAACGCCUCCACCAUUUCCAUUGGCACGUCUGGAGAACUGCAGCGCCAACGUGUCAUGGAGGCCGUCCACUUCCGAGUGCGCCACACCAUCACCAUCCCAAACCGCAGCGGGGCGGACGAGUGGGCGGACUUUGGUUUCGAUCUUCCGGACUGUAAAGCCCGCAAACAGUCCAUCAAAGAGGAGUUCACCGAGGGAGAAAUCAACUGAGGGCCUUGGUUUUUACGGACGAACGGAGACGAGUUCCAUAAGGGACCUGGAGAGAUUGGUCUGGAAAGCCAGGUAGAAACGUGCCACCGAAAGUAUUUUUCAGAGCUUGUGGCCAAACGUUGCGGGUCUGUCGCAGAGCUUUUAGCCCAAACCAUCGCUACUUGCCUUUCUAUGCGAAGAUGGUUUUAUGAUUUCCAUGCUUCGACUUACACCAUGAAACAAGUCAGAGAUGUUUGGUGGACAUGUCCAGGAGAUGAACAUGUGUUGGUGGAAACCAAUGGAUGCAUUCCCAUUCUGGCAUCGUAAUGCAAAAGACCAGCCUGUUUCAUCCAUCAAGGACAACAGUGGUCCUUUUUCUCAGACUUAUCAAAUAGGGUUGAACUCUUGUUUUAUUUCAUUGGGGGAAACAGGAUCGCCUCCUUCUCUUGUUUUGGGAAGUCUCCAUGACCGCUUGAUACCAAACCCCCCUGAGAACAUGUUUUUCUUAACAGACUGCCAAAACGAAAAGUGUGUUUUUGCCCCUACAUUUCUUUGUGGAAUGAAAAAAGCAGCCCUUUACGAUUACAUGGUCCUGAGAAACACUUACUUUGGAUAAAAUCUUGUGCAAAGAGACGGUUUUCGGUGUACAUUGUACAUACGCUGUCCCCACCAUGGUUGUCGUAAGGUUUAUUUUCUGUGUAAGCUGUUAGAUAAAGAAAUGACAGAUGAGGGAGACAUACUCCUUCAUAAACACAAAGGUUUCCCAAUCCUCUCCCAAUCCUGCCAUCGUAAGGAAAUACACAGAGGUUUGUACAGUCAAAGGUUUCGCGCCGGAUACAUUACAAGGGAUUUUUGGGUCUCUGCAACAGUUCCAAAAGCAAAAUGCCAAAAUUUUACCGCUUUGGUCUUUGGGAAGAACAGGAUCUAUAUACCUUCUCAUGAUUUUUUUAAACAUGCAUACAUUUAUAUAUACAUUUCUUCCUUCUUUGGGUCCCCUAAAGUAUAUGAGCAUUUCCUUCAUUUCAGGAGCAGUUCCGUGAAUAAAAUGCACCCGCCAGUUUGAGUUAGUCGCAUCCUAUGGCGAGUAAUUGCUCAAAUGGUUAUCACAUGCCAUUGCGCAAAUAAAGCGACAUCGGAAAUGCAUCGUCGCUGGAAUCCCGGAAGUACAAAGAUGCGCGUUAAUGCUUCUUUGUGACCGCUUUAAUGGCGGGUUUUGUGCAAUGUCGUCAUGUGAAAUCGUUACAUGUAAUUACAUGAUUUUUCCAGGAUAUUCAUGGGAUAAACUCCCCAUCUACUUCAUUUGAUAAACUCCUACGAUAGGUUGGCCUUAAGGUCACCAUAAAUCAAAAAUGACUUGAAGGCACACAACAAAAUGUCACUAAGAGAAUACCAGUCUCUCUAUAACAACAGCAACCCUCUUUUCACCAAUCCAUCAUGCCAUGUUCACACAAAGUACUUGAGGUGCAUUCCCCCUAAAAAUGCUUCAAGUCUGGAGCAGCCCUUGUUUCUGGAAGCUAAGCUGCAACCUUCUCUCUUUGGUACCAAGAUGACCUUAGAGGAUGGGAAAAAUUCUGCAAAGGGUUUUUAAAAAUGUCCCUCCUCAUUUAUAUCUAAGGAAACAGCCAGAUCUGCACCAACAUCUGCACAUAUGUGUCUGCGCUCAUUGGUUGAGACUUUCUGGGUAUUUGCAUUACACAGUCACAUAUAAGUCUGACACCAUCUGAAUGCACAUGGCUUCAUCCUAUGCUAUCCUGGCAGUUGUAGUUUGGCAAUGGAUUUUGUGCCACAGAGCACUAAUGUUAUGGAUUCAACGGACAACCCCAUUGCUUUCUGCAAGGGGAUUCUUAGUAUCCCACCAAACUACAAAUGCCAGGAUUUUGUAGGAUGAAGCCAUGGCAGUUCAAGCGAUAUCAAACUGCUAUGAUUGCAAAAUGUGGAUACAUCAAAAUGGCACCAUGCCUUGCAAAGUAGUAGUGAGUUAAAGCACUUUAUCCUUUAACUUUGCGAUCCUUUAAUGUCUCCAGUGGUCAUGGAAAUGCUUCCCCCCCCCCCAGCAGUAUUAUUGUAAAACUACUGUAUUGUUAUGUAUGAUCAUGUUAUUGGCAAAUUUCAAUGUUUUGGACGCAUGAUGGUUUGGAUCAAAUGUGGAAACUCUAUUAGGGACCCAUGGAUGGGGAUAUUAUCAGGGCUUGACAUUCUUGGGCACUGGGCAAAGUCUAUACAGGGGCAACAUCGACUCCUGGAGCAUUUUGGCUUUGCUGCAUCUUGUCCUUGUUAUGGCCAUACCUCUCUGAGUAUGUCAGUAGUAACAAAAGGACAGGGAAACAAAAGGGUCCUCCAUUUGAGUGGCAAUCUCCUUUGCCAGGUAAAUGCAUCAAUCAUCUCCAGAGGGAAGUUUAAAAAGCAAUGGUGGCAUUGAUAAAGAGAUGGGUUCAACUUUAGGCACCCUCUCCAAGAUUUCCUUAAAAUAUGGAACUGGCUACAUACUCGGAAAAGACCUAUGUUUCCAGACUGCAGAAGUGGAAGAUGGUGGCUGUUUUCCACAUUUGUAUUUCGCUGUCAUUUUUCAAUCCCUUGUGCAUUCCUCCAAGAUUUGGGAAUCACAGGUAAAAUGAAUGUUAUUUUGUCCAGGUGUGUCGCAGGGAAUUUGUGACAUGCUUCGACAGCAGCAGGAAGACCUAGAAUCAGAGCCUUAUUGCAUUAGAAACAAACUUGGCAUGCAAGUGUGUUUUGACUCCGUAUGACAUCCAAGCACUUUUGCUCUCUUCCAGUUGUAAAAACAUGGAAGAGGUUUGCAAAAGUAUCCCUUUUGCCAAAUGGAUCUUUCCAGCUUGGGAAAAGGGACACUUUUAUGACCAUCUCCUGUGCUUUUACAACCAUAGAGAAUGAAAGUGUUUCGACGUCACACGGAAACAGAAAGAGACACACUUUUCUCUGGGCUUGUUUGGAAUGCAAUAAGGCUCUUUCUUAGGCUCUUAUACAUCUGCCUCAUUCAGUUCAACUGGAUAGACUCACAAUCCCACAAGACUAAAUAGCAUGAGAAAAGAAAGUUAAAUCGGAGUGGAAGAGUAGCAUCUUUCUCCUUGCCUCUCCGCAUGAUGUUGUAGCACUUCCACCAAUCUCUUUCCAAGGGAGACAGUUGUAAAAACGUAUCUUUUGUCAUGCUGGAAAAAACUGUUUGACAAAAGGCACACUUUUAUCCCCAUAUCCCUUGGGAAGGAGACUGGAAGUGAUACAAUGGCAUGCGGAGAAGCAUGAAUCUACUCAGUGAUUUUUCCUCAAGGAGUGUCUUGCAAACCCAGUCCCAACCCAAAGGAUGCUCCCUGCUUUUGGGUCAUUCCGACGGUUGCCUCUACCUCUGCAAAUGUGCCCGUUUUUGGGGAGAUUCGCCUUUGACGCUGGCACACCGACACAAAACGGAGUUCAACUUUGUCAGGAAUUGUGAGAUUUGUUUUGUUUUUGUUUUAUGGUAAUGAUAUAUUUGGAGGGGAAAUGUGUUAUUUUUAUAGAUUUUGUUUUGGUAAGACAAUAAAUGUAUUUCAAACGUUUGUCCCCAA